AUAGUUCCAGUUUGGAUACUCGACGCGGUGGCUGGCCUUCGGGGGCAAAAUUCUCUCGGCUCAACUUGACGCGGAGUGCGUGUUUGAGCGACACUCCUUCCUUCCUUCCUUCCUCCCUCGCAGCAUGGGGACGAAGCACCCUUUUAUUCGGGUCGCCUCUGGACUCUCGACGACACGGGUCAUAAAAGAAGCCUAAUCCCCCAAAAAUCCCACCAUGGACUCCUCAACCAACAGCCUGGAUGACGCGCCGGCGGACAGCGGCGCCGAUUCGACCGAGCGGGCGGCGCCGACGGAGACGCGUCUUCGGGCGCAGGAGGACGAGCUCACGCUGCUCAAGGCCUCGCUGGCGGACGCCUUGCGCCGGAUCCGCCUCCACGAUGGGCUUCUCCUCGUGCUCAAGCAGCAGUUGAUCGCAGUGAACCCCGCCGCUGCCGGACUGAUCAACCAAAUUUGCUGUCACGAGGGCGCAAGCAUUUAUUCCAGCUUGGACCGAGUCCUCCUGUGUGAGUGCAGCCAAACACCACGGAGCAUUUCGGGGCCGGCGACGGCGGAUCGCUCCACCCAGACGGAGGCGGGCCAUCCCGAGCCAAAGGCGGCUUUAUCCGGGGGGGCGCAGAGCCUCCACCUGGAGGACCCCCUCCCUCUGCGGGCCAAGCUGCACCGCGCCCCCAGCGUGGAGGAGGACGAGGACCCGGACGACCACGACGGAGCGGCGCAGCGAGAAACGGAGCCCACUCGGACAGCGGCUGGCGAGGAGCCCGUUUGGACCAGCGCCGGCGGCCCCCAGAAUGGACGCGAUUGGCCGGAGGACACGUCUCUCGAUCAGAACCUCGGCCCUUUGUCCAGUGUCCGGCAAGAAGCGCAGCACAAACCUCUACUUCGAAGGAAUAGCGAAAAACUGGGCAACCUGAAGAGGCAGGUCAAGCGACUGGACAGAAAAGCGGCGUCCUCGGCCACUCUCCUCAGCCGCUCGCCAAGCUUAGAGAAUCGUGUCAAGGAGCUCGUUGCCAGCGCAGGAUCCCCCGGCUCUCGAAGACGAACCUAUGGUCAAGGCCAGUCCAUCAAAAUGUUCAUCCGCGGCCGGCCCAUCACCAUGUACGUCCCGAGCGCCAUCCAAAAUUACCACGAGCUGAAGACGGAGCCGCCCUCCCAGAGCCUGGAGCUGGACUGGGUCUACGGCUACCGGGGGCGAGACUGUCGGGCCAACCUGUACACGCUGCCCACGGGCGAGGCCGUCUACUUCGUGGCCCGCGUGGUGGUCCUCUACCACAUGGACAAGCGCACGCAGCGCCACUACCGCAGACACAGCGACUGCGUUCGCUGUCUCGCGCUGCAUCCCGACAAAGUGCGGAUCGCGUCCGGCCAAACGGCGGGUGUGGACAAAGACGGCAAGCCCCUGCAGCCUUGCGUUCACAUCUGGGACUCGACCACCUUGGUCACACUGCAGCAAAUCGGACUGGGAACCUUCCAGAGAGGAGUGGUCUCUGUUGCUUUUUCCACCAUGGACUCGGGCGUCUUCCUGUGCGUGAUCGAUGAGUCCAACGAGCACAUGUUGUCCGUGUGGGACUGCGCCAAGGGGAGCAAGCAAGCCGAGGUCAAGACCACCAACGAGACGGUGUUCGCCGUGGACUUCCACCCCGGCGACAGUGGCAACAUCAUCACCUGCGGCAAAUCCCACGUCUACUUCUGGACCCUGAGCGCAGGGCAGUUCACCAAGAAGCAAGGCAUCUUUGGGAAAUACAAAAAGCCCAAGUUUAUCCAGUGCUUUGUGUUCAGCCUGACUGGCGACGUUUUGACCGGCGACUCGGAGGGGAACAUCCUGACCUGGGGCAGGUCAGCGGCCGAUGUCAGAACUCUGGGCAAAGGGGCCAAAGAGACCUUCCAGAUCAUGCGGCAGACCAAAGCGCACGAGGGCAGCGUUUUCACCUUGUGCGCGCUGCAGGGCGGCGCCGCGCUGCUCAGCGGAGGAAGCAAAGACCGCAAGAUCAUCCGCUGGAGCGCCGACCUGGCUCCGGAGCACGAGUGCGAGAUUCCCGAAAAGUUCGGGGCGAUCCGCACCCUCGCCGAUGUCGACGGAGAGGAAGUGUUAGUGGGAACGAGCCGAAACGCCAUCCUGAGGGGCGCCUUCUCCACCGGCUUCGUGGCCGUCGUGCAAGGCCACGUGGACGAGCUGUGGGGGCUGGCCACGCAUCCGUCGCUCAACGGCUUCCUGUCCUGUGGCCACGACCGGCAGGUGUGCCUGUGGAACGCCGAGGAGCACGCGCUGCGCUGGAGCGUCUCCCUGGAGGAGUACGGCUUGUGCGCCGAUUUCUGCCCAAACGGAUCGGUGGUGUCGGUCGGCCUCAGCACGGGAAGAUGGGUGGUCCUGGACCUGCUGACGGCCGAGGUCAUCUCCGAGGCUGUGGACGGCAACGAGCAGCAUUCCGUCAUGAGAUACUCUCCAGACGGCAGCUUCCUGGCGGUGGGCUCCCAUGACAACUUCAUCUACAUCUAUAACGUGACUGAAAAUGGCCGCAGUUACACUCGUUUUGGGAGAUGCAACGGUCACUCCAGUUUCAUAACUCACCUGGAUUGGUCCAAAGACGGAAAGUACAUCAUGUCAAAUUCGGGCGACUAUGAAAUCCUCUAUUGGGACGUCGCUGCGGGCUGCAAACUGCUGAGGAAUCGCUCGGAGAGCAAAGACCGGGAGUGGGCCUCCUACACCUGCGUGCUGGGCUUCCACGUCAUGGGCGUGUGGCCGGAGGGCUCGGACGGCACCGACAUCAACGCGCUGUGCCGCUCCCACAGCGAGAGCGUGGUGGCGGUGGCGGACGACUUCUGCAAAGUCCACCUCUUCCAGUACCCCUGCCCCAAACUCAAGGCGCCGAGCCGCAGGUACGAGGGCCACGGCAGCCACGUCACCAACGUGCGCUUCACCCACAGCGACGCGCACUUGCUCUCGGUGGGCGGCAAGGACACGUGCAUCUUCCAGUGGCGGGUGCUCCCCGCAGGCUCUCCGGAACCCGCUCCCAGCAGCCACUAGGUGGCGGCCGCAAAAA